UCACUGUCACAAGUUGAGUUCAGUUGAAUUGAAUCAGUUGAGUGUAUCACAUCACUUGCUUGAAUCACUUCAGUUCAUUCAGCUCAAUCCGAGUUAGCAGACCGAGGGGUCGCUUAGCUUGAUAUUAAUAUUUAUCCGCCAUAAUUCAACCCGUGUACAUAUCGUCAACUGCAAAAGUUAUCCUGUCACAAUGAAAACACUCGUAGUAUUCUGUGCAGUACUAGCAUUAGCAUCUGCUUAUGACCAAUCGAACAUCGUAGCGGCCAGGAUAGAGACGUGUCGUGGUUGCUCGCUGAACCGGCUUCCUCAAGUGAAGCAGUUCGUGAUGGAAGACGCGCCUCUGUACGAACAUGUAGAAGUGAAGUUCAUCACUGGCGCGGCGCCCGAGGUGGUGUUACUUGGUGAGAACGACCACGAGCUGGAGCGGCUGCCGCUCUCCCAACUCGAUCGCGCAGAAUGCAACCAGCUACUUGAAGAAAGAGGGUUUGUAAAGAAACAAAAGAAAUCUGAGUUUUAGUUCGUGGUGUAGGCCAUUGUGGGUGUAAAAAAAUAAUGAUUGAAUAUCACAUAAGAAGGUUCAAAAUGGAUUAAAGUUUUACUACAUUCCAUGUAUGAAGAUGAUAUAUGAAGCAAUAUUUAGUAUUAUGACAAUGUCUUCUACAGUAAUUAGUACAAAUUUGUGUUUAGCUCAUAAGUAAUUUCUGUGUUAUAGGGAAAUCUUGUCCACCAUUACUAUAGUAUACUGUAUUCAUGACCGCUGAUAAAGCUAGAAUUGUAAAAUAAUAAAUGGCUUUUCGCAAGAUA